AUGACUGGUCGAGGCAGGCCUGCUCACCCGCCUGGUGGCUGCCUCCCCGUCGGACAGCUGGCCCCUCUCCUCAGGGGUAGAAGGGAAGUCCAGACCAGACUCCAGUGUCAUAAAUUUUUUUUUUCUCGCAGUAGGCGCCGGCUGACGGUUGCAUCAGCAGCAUUGACUGGACGUGCUAGACUGCUACAGCAUAGCAGGGAACAGACGGCGACUCGCCAGUGGACCACAGCUUCACGUCGUGGGUCUUACUGGAAGAGCGUGUCAUCAGGCCCAAAGUCAGUGUACCAGCAGGAAGGUAGAGAGAGAAAAAAGCAUCGUCUAGUCCUCGUCUAUUGCAGAUAUCGUAUCCAAGGCUGUUCCACCCUGGUUCACGCGGUUGCACCGAAAACACACACACACUCCAGCCUCUUCACCACAGCCAGCCAGACUGAAGAUCAAUCUGACGGCUUCCUCCCUGAUAGUUUCCAGCAGGAGAUCCAGUCCGAAAUCAAAACUAUUUAUCGACAGAUUAUGUAA